AGUUUUUAUUAAGGUGAAAGUGAAAGUUUGCAGCAGUAACUCGCUCACUUCAUCUCGACUCUUCGUUCAAAAUGGGGAAAAUUUACCAACUUCACGUUAUCGGUUUACAUGAUGAGAGGAAAACUAUCGACAUUGCAACCUCUGAAGAGGAUUUUAACAACACGACAGUUUCGACUUUAAAAGAGAAACUGAUCCAGAAAUUCCCGGAAUAUAAAGGAGUGGAUAUGACACUGAUAUACACAGAUAAAAAACUUGAGGACAACGACACUUUCUCCCAGCAUCAGAUGCACGAUCACGCCACCAUAAUGGUCGUCUCAAGACUACCUGGAGGAUCCGCGGUCUGUCUGGCAGUGAGAGUGGCAGCAUGAGCAGCAGAUAAACUACAGCAUGUGUGGAUGGACGCCAGACUUUCAGUCCUGACUUCUCGAUCUUUACCCUCCUAACUAUUAUUCAUAACUGUUCACUUAAUAUAAAUGAUCAGUUCACGUCAUUUUGAUAUCCUAUUAUUUAGUUACCUAAUAUGCCAUUAUUAUUGUUAUUAUUAUUAUUAUUAUUAUUAUUGUUAUUGUUAAUAAUAAUAACUUGAUUUAUGACGUGAUAGACAAAUACAAUUCAAACAGUAUGUUUAUUGUUAAAAUAGUUAAAAGUUAAAAUGCAAACCUUUGGCAAUUUCUUUUGUCACUGUAUGGUAAUGUUUCUGCUAAAAUAAAACAAUUAACUUUGUAUUUUUUUGCCAUAGUUGAAAAAAGAAAAGAAAGGAAAUUUAGUGUUACGAUGCCAGCUUAUUAACACGGUACAUUUUAAAACAAAAACAUUAAUAAAAAUAGAAUAAAAAACA